AUUUGGAAAACCGUGAGUGUAAUUUAAAAAACCCAAAAAAAAAACCCCUUACCGGUUCGUAACCGUUUGGCAACCAAGUAUUAUGUUUUCGCUGCUGCUGCACCACCCGCUCGUCUGCCGCUGCUGUCUGCUAGAGCAGCCGCCACUGUACCACAGCCUCCAUGACGCCUCCAGCCGCCUGGCCGCGGAGCUCAAGGCCCUGGCGCCCGCCCUGCUCCUGGAUCCCGGCGACAAUCUCACCGACGUGAUCUGCGAUCUCUGCCUGCGCCGCCUGCACGACGCCCGCGACUUCCAGCGGCGAUGCGAGCACUCAGAGCAGGUGCUCCGCUCGAGACACGAGCAGUGGAAGCACACGGUAGCCGUGGGCGAUGCCUUGGCCCUGGACGAUGUACUUGAGUGCCUGGAGCGGGAGGUGGGCAGCCUGGAGGCACCGGUGGCCACCAUGCAGCAGGUGCCCAGCAAGCCGGUGGCCUAUGUGGCGCCUCUAAUGGAGACCGUGGAUUUUGAAAACUUGGACUUCCAGGAGAGCUCGCCCAGUGAGUACGGGGCUCCCACGUACUGGGAGUCAACUGGGGAUUCGGGCAGCCUGAACACGCCGCUUCACCAGCCGGAGACGCCGGAGCCCUCCGCAGUGGAGCUGCCCACGCCACCGGAAUCCCCAGAGUCGGAAUCCAGCCCAAAACCCACGGGAAAGCCCAAGAGACGGAGGACCAAGCCAAAACCGAAGGAGGAACGGGCAGCUGGUUCGCCGCGAUCCUUGCAUCCGUGCGGCGAGUGCGAGAAGAAGUUCACCCGCAACUUCCAGCUGAAGCUGCACAUGAUCGCCGUUCAUGGAAUGGGCGAGUUGCGGUACCAGUGCGAUGAGUGCGGCAAGAGCUUCGCCUCGCGGCACAGCCUGCGAUACCACGUGAAAUCGGUGCACUCGACAGAGCGUCCUUUCGCCUGCCAGCACUGCGAUCGUCGCUUCAUCCUGCGCACCCAGCUGCUCUCCCACCUGCGCACCCACACCGGCGAGGCCAAGCCGCGGAUCUUCGAGUGCCAGCGCUGCUCGAAGACCUGGCCCACCAAGUCCGACCUGCGCACCCACAUGCGAUCGCACAACCCCAACAUGGAGCGGCCCUUCAAGUGCGACCGCUGCUCGAAGGCCUUCUUCACCCGGGGCCACCUCAACUCCCACCUGCUGGUGCACACCGGCGAGAAGCCCUUCGUCUGCGAGUACUGCGACAAGUGCUAUCAGAGCGUCGGCAACCUGAACAACCAUAUGGUGCGCCUGCACGCCGAUAUCAUCGAGGCCCAGCUGGAGGCGGAGCCCAUCGAGAGCUGAGGACCAAGUAGGCCGGCGGGUCCUCGAGAGGCUGAAUCAAGUAUUAGGGGCGUUAAAAA